AGGGGGAGGUGGCAGCACUUGGCCACAGGGGCGUGGGCGAGGGCGGCAGCCGCUCACCGGUGUGUCCCUGCCCCCCAGGUGCACCUGCAGACGCAGCAGGAGGUGAGGAUGCGCAUGACGGGCAUGGCGCUGCAGGUGGUGCGCUCCGACGGCGUGCUGGCGCUCUACAACGGCCUGAGCGCCUCGCUGUGCCGACAGGUGCCUCCCGCGGUCCCAGUCCUGGUCCCAGCGCCCACGUGCCGAGCAGCCCAGGCGGGCAGAGGGGGGGGCUGGCUCCAACCUCCGGAACAGCCCUGGCCCUUGGCUUCUGCGAGGGUCUCGGGGCUCGUCCUGGGGAACCCCCUCCCCACCCCCCAGGGAGCCUCACGUGAGCCGGUUCUGUGUCCCGGCAGCUACGCCCACGCCCUGGACGGCCUGUACCGCGUGGCCCGUGAAGAGGGUCUGAGGAAGCUGUUCUCGGGUGCAACCAUGGCCUCCAGUCGGGGGAUGCUGGUCACUGUGGGCCAGCUGUCCUGCUACGAUCAGGCCAAGCAGCUGGUCCUGGGCACGGGGUACCUGUCGGACGGCAUCGUCACACACUUCAUCGCCAGCUUCAUCGCCGGCGGGUGUGCCACGGUCCUGUGCCAGCCCCUGGACGUGCUGAAAACCCGCCUGAUGAAUUCCAAGGGCGAGUACCAGGGCGUGCUGCACUGCACCAUGGAGACGGCGAAGCUGGGGCCGCUGGCCUUCUACAAGGUUCGGGGGAGGGGCUGUGCCCCCAGCAGGGUGUUGGCAAUAAAGGACAGUGAGCUGCCCCUGGUUUGUGGGUCCCUGUGUCCAGGCCACCCGCUGGUCUGUGGCCACCUUGCUGUCCGAGGGCAGGAGGACUCCCUGCACCCUCCCAGGAGGGCUGGGCUCACGGGGGCCAGAGCGGAAGCCCAGCCCUGCCUGGUGCCUUGA